GGGAGAGCCAUGACGAGGACAAGGACAAGGGCGAGUGGUGGAUCCCGACAUGCCCGAGAGAUCCCGGAGACGGCGUAGGCCCUCGAAGCGCCUUUGUUCAACGCCGUGGCGGCCCGACACCCACAGAAUCUGCUUCCGUCAUCGCUCAAAAGGUUACCGGAGUCACCGGCAUCCCGGCACGCCGACCCGACCUACAGUAUCCGGCCGAUUCCGCCUCUUAUUGCGACUGGGGCAAGUUUGCAAUAUCGGAGCGCCGCCGCCAUAUCUGUACUGUACUGAUACUGAUACAGCAUGCAUGCACCACCUCUUCUUUUUGCUGGCCACGCUGCUUGCAUGCUGUACUGUAAUAUCAGGUAUGCUAUUAUUCUGUAUCCUGGUUGACACGAGCCAACCAACCCCCUUUGUGCUACUGUGGCGUGGCUGGCAUGUUUCCCACUACCACCACAAAGAGUUGAAAGAGUUUUGCAAAGCCGGCCCCACAGCCUCCCCCGCGCAACUACCGCCGGUCCGGUCCACCACUCGUCCACCAACCACAACUCUGGAUAAACCAUCAACUCUGCUGACGCGCGCCAAAACCGAACCGUGUCGUCGCCGUGUCGUCGCCAUGUCGUCGCCGUGUCGUCGCCGUGUUUCGACAGCUGGGCAAUAGUGCGGCCCGGGUUCAACCUAAUAUAUCCCCGCGACCCUUGUCCCCUCGUCUGCACCAGAAUUCGCUGUCACCGAGAUGGGCGCCGGACAGCAUGCAAGCAUUGUUCUAUGACAAACUAAAUGAGUGAACGAGGGCAGUGAGAGGCCGCCCUCUGCUCUCCAGCUAUCUCUCUCUAUAUCCACAAACAAAUUGCCCCUCGUCGUGAAGGGGGCACCAU